AUGCUGCAACAUGUCACAAGAAGAUUGCCUCUCGUAUGCUGUUGGCUCGUUGGUGUCGCUGCCCUACCAUCGGAUAUGCUCAACGACAAAAUUUGUGGUACGACGAUUUUGCCGCGAAUCGUGAAUGGGAAUGAGGCUCAGGAUGGCGAAUUCCCAUGGGUGGUGAAUCUCCAUUCAACGACGCCGGACGGCGUUGUUCGAUGCGCUGGAUCUCUCAUCACGUCGCGCCAUGUUCUCACGGCCGGACACUGCCUCGAAGCAGACGUUUCGAAAAUUAUCGUUUCGUACGGCUCGGCAAAACUCGCGGACUCGCAAGAGGUUCCGGUCAAGUCCCUGAUCAGACACAAGAAUUUCAAUACGGAGACACUCGAACACGAUGUCAUGGUUCUCUUGCUAGCGGAUGACGUUACAUUCAGCCGUUACGUGAGACCUAUAUGCUUGCCUACGCCACGCCUGGAUCCUCAACACAUGGCGGGGAUGAAAGCCCUGGUCGCUGGUUGGGGUACUCUCCACGAUCCGUCGGAACAAAGGAAAAAUCCCUUAUUGAAGAUCCACACCGACUCUAUGAUGCGGACGAGCCUCACGCUUCUGAAUGACUCGACAUGCGCACAACUUUCGGGAGCAGCCGCUGGACGGAAUCUUUACAUCGAGGGAUCGCAAAUCUGCACUUUCGACGUGGGAACAGACACCUGCGUGGGGGAUUCCGGAGGACCGCUCUUCGCUCGCGUCAAGUCGCGCUACUACCAGAUCGGAGUCGUCUCUGGCGGUCAGGAAUGCGCGGGGGCACAUCCGGGGGUCUACGCAAACGUUUACACCUAUAUCACGUGGAUUAUGAGGGUCGUCAAUUCUCUGGGAUGAGCGCAUUCACUCUAGCACAUUGUUACGAGGGCUGACGAUAAUCUCUAAAAUUAAAUGACCCAUGAAUCACGCAUCCUCUCUCCUCCUUUCCCGUCGAGUUUCCAGUACAUACCUCCAUCGGAUCAUUGCAAACGAACGAGCCUUCGAAUUUUCCUGCCAGACAACGUGGUAUUUGAUGCGCAUGAUACUUGCCAUUUUCCAAGGGGAACGAGCCUCCACCUUAUUCCCGUCGCGCUUCGUCACGAUGAUAGCUAUAGGCGAUACGACUCGCGAUCAAACAUUCGAGAGAAUCGUUCCGGAUUGGAAUGCGGUAUCGUUUCACCUCGCUGUGCUGAACCGAAUACAUGUAAUUCCGUUCCAA